GCUGACAAGGUUCAGGGCAACAAGAGCCAUCAGGCAAUGUCACACUUGGGCUUUUGGGAAUCAAUCAACAGAUGCAGACGCACAUUAUCAGGACUCUAUAUUUACCCUCAUUGGAAGGGCUGUCCAAGAAUGGAAGUGUGUAAGGACAUGAAGGCUAAAUUUAACCUGCCCCGCAGAUCAGAGUACAGACACAUUUACUGCGGCAUUUGGGUAAGUUAAGUUAGCCUGAAGGAGCUGUUUGAAUCCACUUUAGAUUUGGGUUAGAGAAGUACAUGCAAGUUGAUCAGUGGAACCCUCCGGGUACGUGGCCUCAUCAUCGUUGCUAUUUUACGUCAAUGGCAGUGUCGGUCACAGUUUUGUGAAAUUUAAGAACUAACAAAGGGCAAAGUGAUGGCUUUGUCCGCGUGUUAUUGGCUUCAAAAUACCCUCCCUUGACAUGGAGCAGGAGACUAUGUGCCCUGUGAAAAUGAGCCUGGUAGAUGUCAGCAAGAUCUUUUCUAUGCUCAAUCCAGCGGAUGAAGACGACGGCGACAGCGCAGAUAAACACCAACUCAGCCAAGCAAUCUCGAAAGACGACGACAAACUUUUAGCAGAACUUUUGUCCCAGGAGAGGUACGCUAGGUUUAUUAACAGUCGGAGUGGCUGGGGUGUUCCAAGCACUCCUCUGCGCUUGGCAGCUUCCGGCGGCCACCUGAAAUGCCUGGAAGUCCUCUUAGCUCGUGGCGCUGAGGUGGACAGUUUGGACGUGAAGGCGCAGACCCCUUUGUUCACUGCUGUCAGCAGCAGACAUUUGGACUGCGUGCAAGCCUUGCUGAGGGCAGGGGCUAACCCCAAUGGAAGCGUCUACAACAAUUCCUCUCCUAUUUUGACUGCUGUCAGAGAAGGGGAUGUGGAGAUUCUAAAAGAGUUGCUGGAACAUGAGGCAGAAGUCAAUGUGCGCUCCAAAGUGCCAGACUGGGCUUCCAACCCCUGUGCUUGCAGUGGGCCACUUUACCUUUCUUUGGUGUACGGACACUUUGAUUGCUUUCGGCUGCUUCUCUUGUACGGAGCCAAUCCAGAUUUCAAUUGUACCGACGAGAAACUCCUGACCAGGAUUAAAUCGCGAAAGACGGCGCUAGAGAUGUGCCUCAGAUACGGUUGCGGAGCCGAAUAUGUCCAACUCCUCAUAGACUUUGGAGCAAAUCUUUCUUUGCCAGACAUCAACACAAGUAAAAACAUAAAUCAAAGCGAAGCAUUCAAACUUCUAAUCAGAGCGAGAGCUCAACCGAGAAGCUUGAUGUCCCUGACGAGGAUGGUUAUCAGGAGAUACUUGGAACAAGCAAGAGGACUGCAUUCUAUAGAUCAACUGGAUAUUCCAACAGUGCUAAAACAUUAUUUGAAUUACCAGAUCUGAGUUGUCCUGCGGUGUGAUUGAUUAUUGAUUGUAAAAUAGUGAGAACUUGUACGAUAAAGUUAAACCCAAAUGUGUAUUGUAUUUUCUCCUCGUUUAGAAACAGCUGAUUGUUACAGGGCAUAAUUGGCAUGUACUUUAUUAAGUGUGGACUUCUGCAAAUUAAACUUCACAUAGCAUACCUAUUUA